AUGGAACCAAGGAGGGGGAAAAAUGUUCGAGGUCCACCGGCACCGACACGAGGCAAUUUUCGUGUACCACGAAGAGUAGACACGGCUCAAUAUCAACCUCAACAAGUCGACCCCUCACAAUACUAUAUUCCCGACCCACCACCGACUAUUCAACCUCAACAAGUCGACCGCUCACAAUACUAUAUUCCCGACCCACCACCGACUACUCAACCUCAAUAUCAUUACGCCUCACAAUCUCAUACGUCGUAUUUUCCCCCUCCUCCACGCGCAAUGCAUCCCCCUCCCCCUCGCGCAAUGAUUCCUCCUCCAAGUACCCACGUCCAAGAUUACGAGUGGUACCAAACGGCCGAGAUUGAUUUGGAGUCGUUCGAUCCAUUUGAUCGCUCAACGAAUCCUCCUCCCCCUACCCGCUCGCGUCCACCGACUCCCCUCCCCACCGAUGAUGAGGAUGACGCCAUUCCCGAUACACAAGAAGUUCAAAUAGUGGAAGAAGUUGCACUGAAAAGGAAGUAUACAAGACGGGCUGACAAAAAGAAAUGGAUGCAAGAAGAAGAGGUGGCGUUGGCACAAGCGUGGAUUCAUAUUUCCACAUGUAGAGUAGUCGGUAAUGAACAAGGGCGGGAUAAGUUUUGGGAGAGAAUUUUGGAGCAUUUCUCAAAGGAGUUGGAUGGUACAACUCGAACAAAGGAUAGCCUCAACACCAAGUGGAGCAACAUGUGUACGGCAAUAUCAACGUUCAAUGGAUGCUUCAUCCAAGCGGAUGGUGUAAGGAAUAGUGGAUGUGAUGAUAUAAAUGUGAUGACUGAGGCGUUGAAGGACUACAAAACAAGAACCGGGAAGGAGUUCACGAGUAUUGCAGCUUGGAAGGUUGUGAAAGAUGAAGCAAAGUGGAAGGAAACAAUUCAAGUUGGGCAAACAUCUUCGGCCCAUUCAGAUAAGCGAAGAAAGUCGUCAGAAGGAGGCAAUUAUGAGUCGUCUAGUAACAAUGCCGAUGCCACUGUGUUGCCGGAUUUGAAUGAGUCAAGCACUCCUAGUAGUCGGCCAAGAAAGGGCCGAAAGAAUGUGGGGCCAUCAUCGUCAAAGGGGGGAGGUUAUUUUUCCGCUUUUACGGAGGAGUACGCGGAGAAGAAAAGGCAAAAUAUGGAGGAAGCGAACAUGAAGAAGCAAGCAUUGUUGGACUUACAACUCGAGCAUCAAACUACCAAGACCAAGAGGAGUAACUACAAGUUUUUCAACACCCCACACGCGACAUCCAAUCCAAGAAGCAAAGAGUGGGCGAUUGAGCAAAAGCGGGAGAUUGCGGCAAAGUAUGGAUGGGAGUUUAAUGAGUGA